GAUCUAAAAAAGCUCAAGGCGGGCCCGGACCCGUCGACCGCCUCCGAGGCCAAGUCGGACCUCCCGUUGACAACAUCACCCUCCCCGAACAGCAUCUCCAACCAUACACAAUGCAUAUGAGCAGAUUCGGGCUGCUCGCCCUUGGGGCAGCUGCAGUCGAUGCUUUCAGAGACACCUCUCCCUUUUUCUUGGCCUCUACUUCUGAGGUAUUGGCGAACUCCGCAUACAUCAAGACCGGUUCCUCAGUCUUUGAUGAAGUCUCCUCUGCCCUGAACACCUGCCCAUCCGACUACUAUGUUGUUGUUACCCAGCCUGGCGUGCACAGCACCGACUUCUCCACUCGCAAGUCGGCACCCCGCCUCGGGGCGAAGAUGCUGGGCAAGGACAAGUUCAUUCGAUCCCACAUGAGCGUCAACGAAGUCGCUGGCCUCUUGGACGCAAAGCAGAUCAAGAACUUCCUGGUGGAAAACUGCAAGGCGCAAACUACCGCGAUCGACGGUUCCUCUGGAUCUUAUCCCACACAAUUUGAGUCGGGUCCUCGAGUCAUUGACAUUGAGUUUCCCAUGCUUUCUCUGGGUUCUGACCGCGCCAACCAGCUUUCCGACAAUGAUGGUCUUCUGGCCGAUAUCAUUGAUCGUAUCCCCUCCGACUCCAAGUAUACCCUCCUUUACGUCACCUCGCCUCGGGAAUUCCCCGAGAGCGACUCUGUCGUAUACCAGCCCUCCGAUGAGUUCGAUCAGGACGGCAUGCACACAGACCUCAAGCGCGAUUACUCUUCUUCUUCGUCUCCUUCGAGCUCGUCUGAGUCCGAUCGUCGUCAAUCUUUGUUCGAUGAAUACCAAUACUUCACUCCUGGUAUCUUCAUGGGCCUCCUGGCCUCCUUUUUCUUCUUCAGUAUUUUGUACAUUGGUAUCAGUGCUUUGAGCAGUCUUCAGGUUCCCUACGCUGCCUUUGAGAAGGAUACAUCAGCUGCUGUGCAGAAGAAGCAGCAGUAAUUGAGUGAGCUAUUGGCGCAGGCUCCUGUAUGCAGAUUCACGCCUUGCUCAAUGCAUGCUACAAUUGGCUUUAUGCUUUUCAAUUUCGGGUCAGGGGCAUUGUUCUUCCACAUUUUUUGUAUGAUAUAUCACAAUGGCUAUUUCUGGUAGAAUCAAGUCAUCAUGUG